GGCGCUGACGUGUCGUUCAGACCCCGUAAGGCGACUUUCUUCCUGAGCGGAGCGGCCGGCGGCGGAGCUCCGGACCGAGACUGAGAUCUUGCUUCUCUCCCUUUCCCCCCUCUCCAGCAGCACGGUUCGCCACGUGAACUCCGGCCGGCAACGACAACUGAGCAACCAUGGGCAUAAAAUUCCUUGAAGUUAUCAAGCCGUUCUGUGCUGUGUUACCGGAAAUCCAGAAACCAGAAAGAAAGAUUCAGUUCAGAGAAAAAGUAUUAUGGACCGCCAUUACACUCUUCAUCUUCUUGGUCUGUUGCCAGAUUCCUCUGUUUGGCAUCAUGUCCUCAGAUUCUGCAGAUCCUUUCUACUGGAUGAGAGUUAUAUUAGCUUCAAACAGAGGCACAUUGAUGGAGCUUGGUAUCUCACCAAUUGUUACCUCUGGUCUCAUCAUGCAGCUUCUGGCAGGUGCAAAGAUAAUUGAAGUUGGUGACACUCCCAAAGAUCGAGCUCUGUUUAAUGGAGCACAAAAACUUUUCGGUAUGAUCAUCACUAUCGGACAAGCAAUUGUAUACGUCAUGACUGGGAUGUAUGGAGAUCCGUCAGAAAUGGGAGCUGGCAUCUGUCUCUUGAUCAUUAUUCAGUUGUUUGUCGCGGGUCUGAUCGUCCUGCUGCUGGAUGAGCUGCUGCAGAAGGGUUAUGGCCUGGGCUCUGGCAUUUCCCUCUUCAUCGCCACCAACAUCUGUGAGACCAUCGUAUGGAAAGCUUUCAGUCCUACUACAGUGAACACUGGUAGAGGGACUGAAUUUGAGGGGUCAAUCAUUGCCCUCUUCCAUCUCCUGGCCACGCGACAGGACAAAGUCCGUGCUCUUCGUGAAGCCUUUUACCGUCAGAACCUGCCAAACCUCAUGAACCUCAUUGCAACCAUCUUCGUCUUUGCUGUAGUGAUAUACUUUCAGGGCUUCAGAGUGGAUCUGCCAAUCAAGUCUGCCCGCUACCGUGGACAAUACAAUACCUAUCCCAUCAAGCUUUUCUACACGUCGAACAUUCCUAUCAUCCUUCAGUCUGCCCUGGUCUCCAACCUCUACGUCAUCUCCCAAAUGUUGUCUACCAGAUUCAGUGGCAAUUUCCUGGUCAACCUGCUGGGCACCUGGUCUGAUAACACAGGUGGUGGUCCGGCACGUGCGUAUCCUGUUGGUGGUCUCUGCUAUUACCUGUCUCCUCCUGAGUCAUUCGGCUCCGUGCUGGAUGACCCUGUGCAUGCUGUGAUCUACAUCGUCUUCAUGUUGGGUUCCUGUGCUUUCUUCUCCAAAACCUGGAUUGAAGUAUCUGGUUCUUCUGCCAAGGACGUUGCCAAGCAACUAAAAGAACAGCAGAUGGUGAUGAGAGGGCACCGUGAGACCUCAAUGGUCCAUGAGCUUAACAGAUAUAUUCCCACUGCUGCUGCUUUUGGUGGUCUUUGCAUUGGUGCACUCUCUGUACUUGCUGACUUUCUGGGGGCUAUUGGUUCUGGGACUGGUAUCUUACUGGCUGUGACCAUUAUCUACCAGUACUUUGAGAUCUUCGUGAAGGAACAAAGCGAAGUGGGAAGCAUGGGAGCCCUGCUGUUCUAAUGGCGUGGAGCAUCUCCAUUCCCGAGUAUAUUCAUGAUUGAAGCCUGAGAAAUUUCAGAAUUAAUCACAGCAGAGAUUGUCUUAAACCUUUUUUCACCUACCAUUGCCCUUCCUUUUACACAGGAGAGCUUGUAAGGCUUCUGGGUGACAAAGGGUUAAUUUUUUUUCCCCUUUUUUUUGGCACCGUGUGCUAAAAAGCAAAUUGUGGCAUCUGUUUAAUUACGGUUAAAAGCACAAAUGACCACCAUGCGAAGAGUGUUCUUUGUGUGAGUGUUGUAUUGAUGUGUCAUUUACUUCCACUAACUCCCCACCCCUCACCCCAAUUGAAAGGGGGAACAAAAGUCUGGGGUGAAUUCAUUUAAUUACUGUAAAUCGCAGGCUUUUUCCCCUCAGUGUUAGGCUGAAUAAAUUGAGUUUCCAUGUGUCUACAGGGUGAGUCUAGCAAGUAUUGGGCAGCUGGGGGCAUGAAAAUGUGUCCCCUUUCCCCUUCACUGCCUUCUGUUCAGUUGUUUGGUUAUGUCUUGCAUAACUGGGACACUUUCUCUGGCUCACUAACCCAGAGUAGGCACGAGAGUGCAGGAUGCAUAUAGAAAGGCAGGUGAGAGAAGUGCACGUGGUAUUCCUGAGUUCAUUUUACAGUGUUGGGCCUCGGUACCUCCCUGCUCCUACCAGUAGAAAUUCCAUGAGUUGUACAGAGUCCUCCUCAUGCAUUCAGAAGAAACUGACGUCCCUCUGCUGUGCUGAUAUUUCAAUGCCUUCUCUUGCUGAGUGUAAUAUGUUUCAGGAUUUCUUUCUAUAAGUUCUCUGUUCCGGUUUGGAAUAAAUGGAAUUUCUAUGCAUUCCCAUAUGUAUUGGCAGUGACUAAACCACACAGCAGUGUUUGUUCCCCUCCAACACCUGUUGGCUUUGAAUUCAGACUUUAUAAAUAAAAGCGUUUUGACAACGUC